GUUUAUAGUUUGGUAGAAAGUCAACGUCUUUGAGUUCAACUGCUUCUAAAAGUGUAAGAGAACUGAGUUAGAGAAUAAAAACCUUAAUAUAAUCAUCUCAUCUACAACGAAUUGUACGGGAAGAUGGAAGAGAAGAGCAGAGUAUUGGUGAUCGGAGCAACAGGAAGAUUAGGGAACUACUUGACCCGUUUCAGCAUCCAAUCGGGUCACCAGACUUUCGCCCUCAUAAGAAACUCUGCUUUCUCCGAUCCUUCCAAGUCCGUUAACCUUGAAUCUCUCUCCUCCGCCGGCGUCACUCUCCUCAAAGGUCCAUUAGAAGAUGAAGUAAGCUUAGAAGAAGCAGUGAUGAAAGUAGAUGUAGUCAUCUCUGCGAUUCCAUCAAAACACGUUCUUGAUCAGAAACUCCUCAUCAAUGUCAUCAAACGAUCUCCCUCCAUCAAGAGGUUUAUCCCUGCUGAAUACGGAGCAGAUCCGGACAAAAUACAAGUCUCGGAUCUUGAUCACGGCUUCUACUCAAAAAAGUCUGAGAUAAGACGUCUUGUGGAAUCAUCAGGGAUUCCUUACACAUACAUUUGCUGCGGAUUGUUCAUGAGGAUUCUACUUCCAUCUCUUGUCCAACCGGGUCUUCAAUCACCUCCAAUGGAUAAAGUCACCCGUCUUUGGAGAUGGAAACGUUAAAGCUGUUUUUUGUGAAUGAGGUUGAUGCUGCAGCGUUUACAAUCAAAACGAUCGAUGAUCCUAGAACACUGAACAAGACAUUGUACCUUAGGCCGCCUGGAAACGUAUGUUCUGUAGGGAUAGGAUUCACAUCCUCCCACAAGGCCCGAAUAAUAGAUGGCCCGGCCCGCUAACGAUUCUGCGUUGGCCCGACUCUCGACAGAGCGGCGCCCCGAAGCCCGCUGAGUCGAAGUGACAACACCCGGCCCACGGGCGAAAAGCCCAUCAAGCUUAGGUCACGAAGAUUAGGUCAUCAGAUCAAGAGGACGUCAGCUAUAAAAGAGGAGGAAGGGACAACGAGGAGGGGAUCCGAAAUCACGCUCACUUACUUGGCGGCUAGAAUUAGGGUUUUCAUCUUGUAUUCUCGCCGUUGUACUUUUCCGACCGACAGCUUCCGAGCUUCGGUCUCUCUUUCUCACCGUUUGUUUCCUCUUUUGUACACCGACUAAACUCUUUCUCAUCUGAAUAAAAAUGUCUUCGACUAAACCCACAAUCGAAAUCUGUCUACUUUAGCAUAGAACCGUUUUCCGAUCAAACAGUUGGCGCCCACCGUGGGGCAUUAGCGAAGUAACGUCAACACCAGAUGGGAUCGAUUAAUGACGGUUCCAAUUCCGGCGAAGAGCAGGACGCUCGCGAGCCGACUCCAACCCCGACACCGGCGACUCCCUUGCCGGCGCCACCGCCAGCAUCCAUCGAUACCAUUAUGGCCCGUCUCGCUCAACAGGACGCCGCCCAAAAAGCAGUAACCGACCAGCUCACUGCUCUCGCUGCUCUUAUCGCCCCCCUCGCCGCGAACGCUGACGCUUCGACGGCAGCAUACCGGCGACACCUUUUCGCCACCGAGAGGACGGCCGGCGCCGUACCAACUCAGGACGAGGCUCCCGAAGCCGACGACCAUGUUCCGGAACAGACAAACCAACGUCUCCGAUGUGCAAACUAUCAACGAACUCGCGGCGCUCAAACAGUCCAUCCUCGAUAUAAGCUCUCAGAUCCACCACGUGACGACAUCUGCUCCUCAGAUCGAAUGCGUCCUCGCCGAAUCUCUCCGUACCCCUUUUUCCGAGAAGAUAACCAAGGUCAGGCUCCGGAAGAUGGACAAACUCCGUUUACCGACUUUCGACGGACUUUCCGACCCAACGGUCCACGUCACGUCGUUCAAUAUCGCUAUGCGCCGUGCGAAUCUCUCCGACGAAGAGAAAGACGCGGGCUUUUGCCAACUCUUCGUCGAAACCCGAGAAGGAACAGCCUUGGCUUGGUUCACCGGUCUCAAAGAAAACUCUGUCAACAAUUUCCACGAUCUCUCAACCGCCUUCCUGAAGAACUAUAUCAUGUUCACUCGCGAGGAAGCAACUGCUUCCGAUCUGUGGAACCUAACCCAAGCCAACGGUCAAAGCCUCCGUGACUUCAUGGAAAAGUUCAAAUCUGUCGUCUCAAAGAUAGACAUUCCCGACCAGAUCGCCGUCGAAUCCUUGAAGAACACACUUCAUCUCAAGUCUACCUUUCGCGCCGAUCUCUACCGACACCCGACGCGAUCACUUGCAGAUGCCAUAGCACGCUCCCAUAACUUCAUAAAAAUGGAGGAGGACACGAAAGCAAUCAUCGGCCGACAGAACGCUGCUAAAGACGCAGCAACGAAGCAGAAUUCAGCCAAGACGAGUGACAACCGUCAGGAGCCGAGGCAACAUUCAUCCGGUAAUCCGAAGCGUUACUUCGCUUACGCCGUUACCGAAGAAGAGGACCCUGCAUCUGCCGCCGUGGUUCGGGAGAAAGGGUGGAACGUCUACAACCGCCCGACUUCCGAAAACGAUCCGAAGAACCAAACACCUUCCGAGUCUUCGGGUCCCGGAGCUCCCCCCUCCCGAAAGUACUGCGCCUAUCACAAAGUCGAAACUCACAACACGAAUGAGUGUAACGUCCUCUACAAACAGUUCUUGUCAUCUGUGGCCAGUGGCAAGCUGGAAAUUGAGCCACCCCCAAAACCAAAGCCCAAGAACGGCAAAAGCUGGAGCAAAAACAAGGAAAAGAAGUCUCAGAAAUCCAAAGAAAAGCAACCUCAAGCUAACGCAGAAGAGGAGGACGCCCAGGAUAAAGACGACUCGUCGGCCGAGGAGGAUCAGCCGAGAAACCGACGACGAGUAGAAGUCAUCCUCUCACGAAUGAGCGACUCUUCGGACGACGAGCAAACCGAGCAACCCCCUCUCUGGGUAAGUGCUGCCAGCAUGGAAGACACCGAUCUUCGGACUCAGCUAAAGCGAAAAGCCGCGACCGCACCUAUCCCCGUAUCGACCGACGCUCCGUACUUCAUCACCACUAAUAGCGCGUCCAAGUCCCGAAGGAUCGAUCCAGAUCACCCCUUCCGAGUCUCCGACCUACGCGAUAGCCUCAACUCCAAAGCCGAUGACCUAAGGAUAAAGCUCAACCGCUCCAAACAAUCCGACUUACGUCGCCACUUGGAAAAAGCAAAAGAGCGCCAUCCCAACUCCAUCCCCGACGACGCCGAGUUCACCGACCUCAGAGACCAAAUCGAAUCUCGACGCCGAAGUCGCUUCCCCAGGAUCAUAGUAAUCAUGGGCGGAUCCCCUCUCUGUGGCGAUUCCGUCAGGGCAAUCAAGGAUUAUAGGCGGCAAGCCGGAACCUCCAAACGAUGGCCCUCGUCAACUGAAGACGACCACCAGAUCACGUUCUCCAGCGCCGACACGCGAGGCAUCCAUAUGCCUCAUAACGAUCCGCUCUUAGUGGACAUCAGAAUCGGAGAAUGCCAAGUCACCAAGGUCUUGAUCGACACCGGCAGCUCGGUCGAUCUCAUCUUUCGCCACACGUUGGAUAAGAUGGGCGUCGACCUGCAAAACAUGAAACCAUCUUCCCGGACCCUCACCGGAUUCAACGGAGCUUCAGAACAGAUGCUCGGUACCAUACGCCUUCCCGUCUACGCUGGAGACAUCGUUCGGACGGUGAAGUUCUCUGUUAUACAAGCCAAAGCACCGUACAACGCAAUCCUCGGCACUCCCUGGCUCCACGCGAUGAAAGCUGUCCCGUCAUCUUACCACCAGUGCGUCAAAUUCCCCGGAAAAGACGGCAGCACGCAAACCAUCCGUGGAGAUCAGCAAGCCGCGAGGGAAAUACUCAUCGCCACAGUGAAACUCCAGCAGUCUGUAUCCCUCAUUAACUCCGUCUCCAAGCCUAUCCAUAAGGUAUACCCUCAGAAGGAAGAGGUCCGCGAAGUCCCGCUUGAUACCGACGACCCGACGAAGGUCAUCCGAAUCGGCGCGUUCCUCUCGGACGAAAUGCAAUCCCAAAUCACCUCUUUCCUCCGAGACAAUGCUUCGACAUUCGCUUGGUCAGCAUCAGAUAUGAAGGGAAUCGACCCAGCUAUAACCUCACAUGAGUUGAACGUCGAUCCUACUUUCAAACCCAUCAGGCAAAAAAGGCGGAAACUCGGGCCCGACCGAUCGAAAGCAGUCAAUGAAGAAGUAGACCGUUUACUCGCGGCCGGAUCCAUUACCGAAGUUCUAUAUCCCGAGUGGCUGGCAAAUCCGGUUGUCGUCAAGAAGAAGAACGGGAAGUGGCGUGUCUGCGUUGAUUUUACUGACCUUAACAAGGCAUGCCCGAAGGAUAGUUAUCCACUCCCCCAUAUCGACCGAUUAGUCGAGUCAACCGCAGGUGACGAAUUACUCACCUUCAUGGACGCCUUCUCGGGGUACAAUCAAAUCAUGAUGCACCCCGAUGACCGAGAGAAGACCGCUUUCAUCACCGACCGAGGGACCUACUGCUACAAGGUCAUGCCUUUCGGGCUAAAAAACGCCGGAGCGACUUACCAGCGCCUCGUCAACAAAAUGUUCGCCGAUAGGCUGGGUAACACCAUGGAAGUAUACAUUGACGAUAUGCUGGUCAAGUCACUUCACGCGAACGACCACCUCGACCAUCUACGCGAUUGUUUCAAGACACUGAACGAGUAUGGGAUGAAACUCAACCCGGCUAAAUGCACCUUCGGCGUCACCUCAGGCGAAUUCCUGGGAUACAUAGUAACCCAACGAGGCAUCGAAGCCAACCCCAAGCAGAUUUCAGCAAUACUUGACCUACCCAGUCCGAAGAACAGCAGAGAGGUGCAGCGUCUAACAGGCAGGAUCGCGGCCCUCAACAGAUUCAUUUCCCGGUCAACCGACAAAUGCCUUCCAUUCUACGAAUUGUUGCGAGGAAACAGACGCUUCGUCUGGGACGAUAAGUGCGAGGAGGCGUUCGCCCAGCUCAAGCACUACCUCACCAUGCCCCCGGUCCUCGCAAAACCAGAAGUCGGCGACAUCCUAUCCCUUUACAUUGCGGUCACCUCUUCGGCAGUCAGCAGUGUCCUUAUCCGGGAAGACCGAGGCGAACAGAAGCCCAUCUUCUACAUCAGAAAACGCAUGACCGAAGCGGAAACCCGCUACCCGACUCUUGAAAAAAUGGCGCUCGCUGUCGUAACCUCAGCUCGAAAACUUCGUCCUUACUUCCAGUCACACAGUAUCGAGGUCCUCUCCAAUCAGCCUCUUCGGACAGUCAUGCAAAACACUAACCAGUCUGGACGACUGACCAAAUGGGCAAUGGAACUAAGUGCCCACGACAUAACAUACAAGAACCGCACAGCAGCCAAGUCGCAAGUCCUUGCCGAUUUCCUCAUCGAGCUCACACCAGAGCUCGAACAAGACCUAAUAUUACCAAGUAACAACUGGAUAUUGCACGUGGAUGGCUCCUCCACGAACAAAGGCUCAGGCGCGGGCGUCCAGCUGCAAUCGCCGACUGGAGAACUGAUCCGACAGUCCUUCACCUUCGACUUCGCCGCUUCCAACAACGAGGCGGAGUACGAGUCCCUCAUCGCGGGACUCCGUCUCGCCCAAGCUGUCAAAGCUAAACGACUGAGCGCAUAUUGUGACUCCCAGCUCGUCGUAAGUCAGUACCACGGUGACUACGACGUACGCAACGAUCGGAUGGAUGCAUACCUUCGCAUCGUCCAGGAUCUAGCCAAAGGUUUCGAGUUCUUCGACUUAACCAAGGUCCCACGAGGGGAAAACAUCUGCGCCGACGCUCUUGCUGCUCUCAGCAGCAAACUCCACGAUCAAGUCAAGCGGACGAUUCCGAUCCUUCGCAUCGAGAAACCGAGCAUCGAUCUCGACCACCAAGAAGCCGGAUUCGUUGCUUCGGUUACUGAAGAAGCACCCGUCACCGACGAUUCCCCUAUGACGACCGAUGACGGUCAAACGAACGACUGGCGUACCGCCUUCAUUGAUUUCCUUGCCCACGGAACGUUGCCCACUGACAAGUGGGAAGCCAGAAGGUUGAAGCGACGCAGCGCGCAUUACGUCGUCACCGAAGGAGAACUCCACCGUUGGACCGCCACUAAGGUUCUCCUCAAGUGUAUUCAUGGCGAACAAACGAGGCUCGUCAUGGCCGAAACCCAUGAAGGUGCGGCAGGCAAUCACUCAGGAGGCCGAGCCCUCGCUCUGAAGAUAAAAAACCUCGGUUUCUACUGGCCAUCAAUGAACACGGACUGCGACUCCUACGUCCGCCACUGCGAUAAAUGCCAACGCCAUGCUUCUACGAUCCAUAGUCCGACCGAACUCCUCCGCAGCAUGACCGCUCCGUAUCCAUUUAUGCGGUGGGGAAUGGACAUCAUCGGCCCGCUGCCGACCUCCCGGCAAAAACGCUUCAUCCUUGUCUUAACUGACUAUUUCACAAAGUGGGUGGAAGCAGAGGCAUACGCAAACGUCACCGACAAAGAAGUGCAAAAAUUUGUCUGGAAAAACAUCAUCUGCCGCCAUGGACUCCCUUAUGAAAUAGUCACCGACAACGGAUCCCAGUUUAUCUCACACAACUUCCGAGAAUUCUGUGAGAAGUGGAGAAUCCGUCUCAACACCGCAACCCCGAGGUACCCGCAGUGCAACGGUCAAGCCGAGUCGACGAACAAAACCAUCAUAGACGGUCUGAAAAAACGACUCGACUUGAAGAAGGGAUGCUGGGCAGACGAAUUAGACGGCGUUCUAUGGUCUCACCGAACGACACCUCGGGGAGCAACGCAGGCUACCCCCUUUUCGCUGGCAUACGGAGUCGAGGCAAUGGCGCCAGCCGAAGUCAACGUCACCAGCCUACGACGCUCAAAGAUGCCCCUUCACGGUGAAGUCAACCGAGACAUGCUCCUCGACGCUCUGGACAACAUCGAGGAAAAACGCGACCAAGCGCUUCUCCGUAUCCAGAAUUACCAGAACCAGAUCGAAAGCUACUAUAAUAAGAAGGUUCGAUCCCGCCCUCUCGAACUCGGAGACCUCGUUCUACGCAAAGUGUUCGAGAACACUAAAGAGUGGAAAGCCGGCAAGUUAGGCGCCAAUUGGGAAGGCCCUUACAAGAUUACACAAGUCAUACGGCCCGGAGUCUUCCGACUCGAAACUUCUCGUGGAGACGCGGUACCCCGUGCCUGGAACUCCAUGCAUCUACGACGCUUCUACUCAUAGGGCGGUUGCUCGCAAACCCAAAAAAAAAAAAAAAAAAAAAACCGAGUAAGUGCACCCUUCAGUCACUCUUACUCAUAUAAAAAAAACAACACACGAGUAAGUGCACCCUUCAGUCACUCUUACUCGUAAAACCGAGUAAGUGCACCCUUCGGUCACUCUUACUCAAAAACCCGAACUACGAAUGGCUUGAUCCUCACCCGAGGUACGUAGGCAGCCUUAACCGGUCCAGCUAUAACCAAAAACAAAAUCAAACCUUCCCCGAGAAGAAGAUCCCACAACACGAGGGCCCGUCCCCUCGUAGCGACAUCUGUACACGAGAUUGGCCCAGUCCCCUCGCAAACGUACAGUGAUGCUCGCCCCAUCAGCGAAUAGAUCCUGAUCAGACGUAUAUUCGCGGGAAACAUGGUCGCGUCGUUACCACUAGUCGGCGCGCCCGAGACAAUGACUCUAUUAUUUCGUGAUUUGUAAAGCAACGGUUUGGCCAACCAAAAACUUUGAAAUUACUUCGAAAUCAAUAGAACCGUCAAUGUUUGAAAUUCUCUCUAAGUUCAAAAGAGUCCCACACUCGUCUUUACAUUCUCAAAAGAAGAAGUGAUAAAGAUUAAAACGAUAGCAAACAUUCUUCGAAACAAAAGUUUGGAUUCAAUCCACCGUUCCCAAAAGAAAGUCAUCUUUUGCCACAAAAGUCGAACCAAUCGACAGGCAGACCGAAUAAAAUACUGCGAGUCUUAAACAACAAAGCCCCAUCGGGUACACAUAAAAAAAGAGAGAAAGGGUACAUAAUAAUCUGAAAACAGAAAAUAGACUAAGGAGAAGGAAGGAGGAUCAAAUCACUCCUUAGCAACAUUCUCUUGCUCCUCGAGCCUCCGCACCUCCGCUCCAUCCUCUUCGGAUCCAUGCUCUCCAUCUCCUCCUCGUUCCUUCGGUCCCGUUGAAGCCUCAGGAUCAGCAUCGGACGAUCCCUGCAAUCCACCUCCAAGCUCCUUUGAGGGAGAGGUCCUCUGAGUCACGGCCGUUUCUUCUUCACCCUGGUCGUCUGUCUGAUCUUCAGCGGAAGUAUCUGAUGCAAGAAGAAUCGGAGACCCCUUUUCUGCCGCACCUGAGACUGGCUCUUUCUCCGUCUGUUCUUUCUCCGAAGUCUGGCCAUCGCUCAAGACCAUCGCUUGAGAAGGCCCUUCACCGAGCUCUUGGCGUUCGCAGCCCUCGGCAAUCGAAUCCGAGAGAGCAGCGGCAUCGUUCGGAUCGAUCAGACCGGUGUUGGAUCCAAAAGUAUCAAGACCAGCCAGCAACCUCUCAUCAACAAACUGGGAAGGCAGCACAAGUGGAGAAAGGGUGAGGUCGCUUUCCGGGAUAGCUCCCACGUCGAGCUCCUUCGCCGCCCGAUCAUAAUCUUUCUCCCGAACCGCGAACAUGUCGAUAGUGUCCUGCGGAAUGUCGCGGCCCGAUUCCAGCAAAACCUCGAGGCAAGUCCUCGUCCCGAACGACUGAUUGUACAAAGCGUUCGCAUCAUCAAAAGGCCCUCGGCGCUUCUCCCGAUCAACUAUGUUGCGGAAGCGUCUGUUGCAUUUCGCAAUCAUCUCAGUAUGGACGCGAAUCCUCUCCUGCGUCACCUCGAUGAUCCGCGAGCGCUUCAGUCGCUCGAUUUCCGCAGCCUGUUGUCUGAUUUUCUUCUCGUGCUGUUCAGCGAUCUUUGCAUAAUCCUUCUCGGUUUCCUCUUCCUUCUCCUUCAUCAGAGCUAUCUCAGUUUCGAGGAUCCCUACAGUCUCUUGAGCAGCACCCAAUGCAGCCUCGGUGGUAGCCAACUUCUCUUUCUGGGCCUUCCGACGAGAGAUCGCGCGGGACGCCUUCUCCUUGAGCUUGUCAGUCUCCGCCGUCCACUCGGCCUUUUUCCUCCUGAUAAAAGCGUCCUUGGCCGUCACCAGCUUCUCCGAGCGCCGCAGUUCGGUGCGAGUCGCCUUGAGCUCGGUAUUAUACAACUCCACGACGAAGUUCAUACUCCCAUCACCCUGCAAGACGAGAAACCAAAACCAUGAUUAACACCUUCAACGUUUCCAGCUAUAACCAAAAGAAAAGGAGAACCGUUACCCGCAGCUUAGCUUGAGCGGCAUCAGUAUACUCCUUUUUGAAGAUAAGGUCGUUCAGGAGCAAUGGGCGGGGACCACCGUUGAUCUGACUCAUCAGCUCCGCGCAUUUGUCCGGAGCGUAGAUAAGGGGAGUCGUCCCGUCAUACUCGAAAGAUACCUUAUCCGGGAACUCGGGAGGACCUCUCCUCGGGGCGGAGCCUCGUCUAGCUGAAGGCUUAGAAGUCGACGGAUGAGUCGGAGCCAUCGCAGAGGCGGGAGCCGGCGGAUCCUCGCUUUGGGCGUUUCCCUCGCUAGGACCCGUCUUCUUCCUCUUCCUGUUCAACAGCAGCUGAGCCUCCGGGGAAGCACUUCCCGUCUCCUCUGUAGGAUCGGCAGCCGCAUCCCCGCCAUCACCUUCCUGAGGAUCAGUCUUCUCCUGCAAGAGCGGUCCUUCGCCGGCUUUAGCUCCCUUCUUCUUCUUCUUCUUAGGAGGACCCUCAGCAUCUGGACAAUCGACAGGUUCCUCCUCCUGAUCCCCUUCAGCCGAAGAAUCGCGCCGGGAUCUCUUUUUUCCUUUCUUCUUUGGAGGACUGGGAGUUAUCACCGGAGCGUCUUCGGAAGCGUCUCCAACCUGCUGAACGUCCACCGCUGGAUCUUCAGUCGGAAGGUCUUCAACAAGAGCCGGAGACCCGUCUCUCGGGGGACUCUCGACAACAGGUGCCGACACACGGUGCGGGGGAUCGGCUCUCGGAAGAUUUAGCUGAGCCCUUAUCAACUCGCUCAAGUUCGGCUGGGGCCUCAUCUUCCUAGCGUCGUUGAUUAGCUUCUGAAUACGUGGGGUGAAAAGCGAAAGACGUCUCUUACCAGGAACGCCAACCAAGGGAAUGCUCGAAUCCCAAUCCCCUACGAAAAAUUAUGACAAGGAGAUUAGCCAUCAGACUGGGAGUUAUCACCGGAGCGUCUUCGGAAGCGUCUCCAACCUGCUGAACGUCCACCGCUGGAUCUUCAGUCGGAAGGUCUUCAACAAGAGCCGGAGACCCGUCUCUCGGGGGACUCUCGACAACAGGUGCCGACACACGGUGCGGGGGAUCGGCUCUCGGAAGAUUUAGCUGAGCCCUUAUCAACUCGCUCAAGUUCGGCUGGGGCCUCAUCUUCCUAGCGUCGUUGAUUAGCUUCUGAAUACGUGGGGUGAAAAGCGAAAGACGUCUCUUACCAGGAACGCCAACCAAGGGAAUGCUCGAAUCCCAAUCCCCUACGAAAAAUUACGACAAGGAGAUUAGCCAUCAGAACGAGCCCUCACAAACAUAGGAACAAAGAAGAAGCAAGCAAAGGAAAUAAAGCAAUACUCACUUCUCGAUAUCCUAUCGAUGUUCCGGCGAAUCCUCUCCUGAAUAAUCGUAUUCCAAUACUCCUGAUGAAGCAAAGCAACCUUACGAGCACUCGCAAUAAAAUCCUCCGGGUACGCGGAAGAUGUCGGAUGAUCAACUGCGCAAAUGACAAAAACAAAAAAGAAACAGAGGGUCAGCAACCCGAAGAAUCGCCCGAGAUAAUCAAAGACGAUCUACCAAUAUCAGGGUUCCAUAGGACCCGAUAGUCGUCAUUGGGAGGAUCCUCGAAAGCCGACUCAUCCGCCCUAAUGUAAAAGUAGCAUCUCUGCCAAUCGUUCGUCUUGCUCGGAUACCCGGUGACUACGUUGUAGCUUGGGCGCAUCUUGAUAACCCAAAGCCCAUCGUUCAUUGUUUGAACGGAUGUCAAUUCCUCGAAGACCCGAACACUUAACGACACGUCGUUCUCAGCAGCCAUGACCAUCAGCGCUACGGCUAGCCGGUACGAUCCAUUCAGAAAUUGACUUAUCGCUGCGUCCCGACGUCUCGCGUAUGAAGUCACUAAUCUGGGAAUCGGGAACCACAACUUAGUGUCCUUCUGGAAAUAGGACUCGUAGACGCAUUGGUAGCCGAGCGGAGGAGACCACGGCCUCUGAUCCGGCGAAGGAAUCAGGAAAGUCACCCCGGUCCCUCGGAAGUCCCGGAGGAACCUCUUCACACUACUCAUCGUCGAUCGCGUUUCUUCUACGUUGCCCCAAUCCUGCCCCUCUACGUCAGGAGAACGGAUGAAUUCAGGAGGCAAGGCUGAGAGUUCUUCGAAGAUUCCUUCGGGGAAUAAGACCGUCGGGAUGUAGGAAGGGACCGAAUCUCGGUCUCUCGCUCCUCCUUGACCGUCCCUCCCGGACUCUCGAGUCCGAGAAGCCGUCCCUUCUCUCUCUUCUCUGAGGAGUUGCGCCGCCUCGGAUACUAGCAGCCUCUGCGUACGGUCCAUAUUCUCGGUAUCCAUCAUCGCCUCCCGAUGGAUUCGCUCGGCCUCAUCCCCGGUUCCCGCGGGGUCGGAUCCACUCGCUAUCCUCUUCCCCUUUUGCUCUCUCGUUAAUUUCCAACUCGCCGACAUACCGCUAUAUAUUCUACAACAACAACUAGAGAGAGAAGUGGAGGAAGAGAGAGAGAAAGUACCUGGUCUUGCGGAGAAGAAAUGAGAGGAAUGAGAAGGAAGAGCGCUAUAUAUAGGAGAGAGGGGUUCGCGUCUAAUCGAGGCGUCAUAAUUAGGUCUACCUGGGCCUAAUUGGGCCUUGAUUAGACAUUAAUUGCCCUAUUAAACCAACGCGUCGCUUCGUCUUCUCGGAGAACCGGAGUAAACCGAAACGAAUCGUCGGUUUAAAUCGGCAAUCAUCAUACCAAAACGCCGGUCCGGUUUCCCGCUAUAACCGAAACUAACCGGAAAGAGCCACUGGUUUAGAGAAAAUUCGGUACCGGUCUCCAACCAACAAAUCAAAGCUGUAACACCGAGUGGACGUCAACAUCCGAGACCGUUCACCCCGCGUCACCGUACCUCGGUUCAUCUAUUAUUCAAACCAUCCCCUUCACAAUUCAUCGAGCUCAGCUUGCGCCUCCCAUCGAUAAACUAGGGGGGGGGGACUUACUGUAGGGACAGGAUUCACAUCCUCCCACAAGGCCCGAAUAAUAGAUGGCCCGGCCCGCUAACGAUUCUGCGUUGGCCCGACUCUCGACAGAGCGGCGCCCCGAAGCCCGCUGAGUCGAAGUGACAACACCCGGCCCACGGGCGAAAAGCCCAUCAAGCUUAGGUCACGAAGAUUAGGUCAUGAGAUCAAGAGGACGUCAGCUAUAAAAGAGGAGGAAGGGACAACGAGGAGGGGAUCCGAAAUCACGCUCACUUACUUGGCGGCUAGAAUUAGGGUUUUCAUCUUGUAUUCUCGCCGUUGUACUUUUCCAACCGACAGCUUCCGAGCUCCGGUCUCUCUUUCUCACCGUUUGUUUCCUCUUUUGUACACCGACUAAACUCUUUCUCAUCUGAAUAAAAACGUCUUCGACUAAACCCACAAUCGAAAUCUGUCUACUUUAGCAUAGAACCGUUUUCCGAUCAAACAUGUUCUAUGAAUGGUCUUGUUGAGCUAUGGGAAGGGAAGAUUGAGAAGAAGCUUGAGAAAACUUUUGUUACUGAAAGUCAACUUCUUGAGAUCCGUCCCACACAUACAUUCUCAGAUUUGGUCGUGUAGUAGCAUGCAGCUGUUUCACAGUUGUAUUAAAAUCCUACAUGACAUAUGUUUAUCUAAGUUGUGUAUUACUAGUUGAUAGUAGUACAUCAUUAUAA